GUGGAACAUAAUGUUGAGUAAGGGAGAGAAGUCCGAUCUUGCACUUGAGGUAACCAGUAAACCAGCCGAGAGAGAUCUUGGAUCAUUGCCCAGUCGCCUAAAAUGAGCCGAGGAUUAGACACCGGCCAGCUGCCUUUUUCACGGCAUGGGCAAGAAGGCGCAAGACUAAUAGGACUUCUUUUUAAAAAUAAAUAGCGCGAGGGGGAGGGAGGCGAAAGAUGCCGACUGGCUCAGUCACUCACUCCAGCUGGGCGGGGAAAAGCCGGCAGGGCGGGCUCCAAAAGGCAACGGCUGGCCGAGGCGGCGGUGUCGUCGCUCUCUUUCUCCGCCGCCGCGGCUCGCUCCACCUGCGAGCGAGAGAGGCUCCGGAGGCGGCGGGCGGGCCUGGCUGCUUUAUCGUCGUCUUGCCUUGCGAUGGCCGACUGCUGCGGUGGCGAGGAUGGAGAGGCCUCCGAGCGGGGCCUUUCCGCUCGAGGAGCCCGCAUCGCCGGCGGCGCCGAGGGGCUGCUGCACAAGGGCUUCGACCUGUACCUCAGGGACCCCUUUGACGCCGACCACAACCCACAGGGCAUUUUGAAUUUUGGAACGAGUGAGAACAAGCUUUGCUUUGAUUUGAUACAAGACAGGUUCACAAAACCUGACAUGUACUAUCUGGAACCUGAUUUACUGCGGUACUCUGAUACACAAGGCAUUAAAAGAUUCAGAGAAGAAAUUGCCAAGUUCCUUACUAUAUAUGCAAAAGCUCCAACAGCACUGGACCCAGAACAUAUUAUUGUGAUGAAUGGAUGUUGUGCUGCCUUUGCAACUCUUUCCGUUGUGUUGUGUGAUCCUGGAGAUGGAUAUCUAAUUCCUGCUCCAUAUUAUGGAGGUCUAAAUUCCAAAACCUGGCUUUAUGGUGAAAUGCAACCUGUUCACGUGCCCUUAUUCAGUGAGGUGACUGAUGAGAAAAGUCAGCCUUUUCAGCUAACAAUUGAAAAAUUAGAAACUGCACUUCAGAGAGCUGAGGAGCAGGGCAUCAGAGUCAGAGCAUUAAUCCUGAUCAACCCUCACAAUCCAUUAGGGGACAUUUACCCAGCAAAAUUACUGAAAGAAUGUCUAGAGUUUGCACACAGAUAUAAAUUACAUGUGAUAAUGGAUGAAAUUUACAUGUUGUCUGUAUAUGAUGAUACCACGUUCACAAGCAUCCUUAGCUUAGAUAGUUUACCAGAUCCAGACCGGACACACUUUAUGUGGGGAUUUAGCAAGGAUUUUGGCAUGUGUGGCAUCAGAGUUGGAGUACUAUAUACCAAAAAUCAUGAGGUCAGGAAAGCUGUUAAUCGAUUGGCUGUCUUUCAUGGAUGCCCUGGACCUGUGCAACAUGUUCUCAGCCAAUUCCUUAGCGACAGAGAAUGGCUGGAUGAUGUGUUUUUUCCAACCAAUAAAAGAAGGCUUAAGGAGGCACAGAACAUUCUUGUGGAUGGUCUUGCAGAGAUAGGAAUACCUGUUUUAAAAAGUUCAGGAGGAUUAUAUGUAUGGGCUGACUUCAGGAAAUUCUUAAAAUCGCAGACAUUUGAAGCUGAAAUUGAAUUAUGGUGGAAGAUUCUGAAUGAAAAGAUUCUCAUUAGUCCUGGAAAAGCCUUUUGCUGUUAUGAACCUGGAUGGUUUAGACUGGUCUUCUCAGACUCUCUAGAUAACAUUUCCUUAUGUAUUCAGAGACUUCAGCAAAUGCUGUGUAAACAAAUGGAUGAACUUAUUCCUAUCAGCUCAUCUGCUGUAGAAAAUGAGUCUACUGAGUCGGAUGAAGAUGAGUCUACUGAGUCAGAUGAUGAACCUUCAGCUAACUACAUAAACACAUCAGUAGAUGAUGCUUCAGAUGGAUAUUCGCACCUGAAGAAAAUAGCUGUCUUUUAAGAACUUAAAUGCUAAAACAAAGUGUGGCAUGUUUCUCCUUAACUGUAUGAUAUCCCUUUUGUUCACUUGUAGUCUGAGAGGCAUUUCCCUUUGUUCUAACCUGUUAACCUACUAACUUUACAAAUGAACUAUUAGAAUGAGGGCUUUUCCUUUUUUGGAACACAGCAGGCUUUCUUUCCUGGCUUCUUUGCACUAAAGCAUUUGGUUUAUUUUUCCUCUGUGUUGGAGCUGGGUCAUGGUCCAAUGGCCGUAAAACAGAGUGGGCAAUUUUAAAGUGCACUGAACUCUUCCUUUUAAAUACUGAACUCUUCCUUUGUUGCCCACUCAAACUGAUUCUCCCCUGCUGUUUUUUCACUCAGUAGUAUUCCAAGACCAGGAAGCAUCUCCUUAGUGACAACAGCAGGGAAAGUGAUAUUGGGGCAAAACACAGGCAGGGGUAAGGUUAGCACUCCUUGAGGUCGUGCACACUACUGUUGGAAGGGUGGGGGGAAGGCAAGGAUGGACCUACCCUGCCCCCAACAGUUGGAGAUGUUGCCUUCAGUGAGCGGCAUUGUCCCCACACAAUGCACGCUGCUCCAUGCAAUGCAGAUAACUGGAGGCUGGGACUCAUUUUUCUGGCCUAUAGGAAUCCCACAAUGAGUGUGUGCUCGGGCUCCAUGCAGCCCAAACAUACAGCACUGGGGGUAAGGGCACAUUUGCACCCUUAACCCGGGUGGGGGGUGGUGGUGCUGGUAAAGUGUCAGGUUGGAUGGGGCAGAAGCACCAGGAUCACUCCCAAUCCUGGUGCUCCACACAAGCAGCCUACCCCGGCUGGGCUGCUCAUGGGAAUAGCCUCAUCUUUCCCAAUGUGCUUUUCAAAUCGCCUUCCUUGCACUUUAUAGGUAUUAGUGUUGGGCAUUCCUCUUUCCCUCAUGCUUUUCUCCUUCUAUAGGAACAAGCUGUCAUGCCAUUACCACAUUUUCAAAUAUUUAAAUAUCACAGAUAUCAAAAUCAGUGUUCUAAAUGUGUCAACUUGUUCAAUUAGUCUAUGAAUUUUGGUCCACUAAGAGAAGCAAUACAUGUUGUACAUAAAUCAAAACAGCAAGCCAACUGGUAGCUUGCUAUUGAAUUUUUUCUAUAAUUCACAAGAGCUUGAGCUUUCUGAAUGUGCACUACUUAAAAUACUUUCUAAGAAAGUUAAAAUUUGUUCUGUUCUUAAAUGGUUUAUUUGUAUAUUGUGCUGUACCAUUCUUGCAGAAUCACAUUUUUUUUUUGAAAUACACUUUAUAAACAUG